UGAGCAUGUGACGCUCAGUUCAGCUGUUGCGGGAAACAAUUUCACGGUAUUGUUGUUGUCGGCUUCUACCAGACGUCUAAUCGGACGGUUUGUGGCUGUCUCAUUUUAAACCAUAAUAAGUGAUACUAGUGGAAUCUUCAUAUUGCUAAUCUAUCAAACGACAUCUGUUUCCUCAUCUAAAUGGCCCUUCCAAACGUAUAGUUGUAUAUACGAGUUUAUUUUUAACCACAGGAACAAAACAAGGUGUAAAUAUGAAGUCAUUGGCAGUUGUUGUCCUGCUGUGCCUUGGCUGCUGUCUGAUGACUUCCUCAUUCGUACUUGAGCCGCCGCAUAUGUGGAGUAAGCUGAUCCUGACUCACCACUGGCCGAGCACAUUUUGCAGUAUGGAACACUGUCAUUCCACAUUUGACUACUGGACUUUGCAUGGACUGUGGCCAGAUAAAGGCCAGGAAUGCAAUUCAUCUUUGCACUUCAAUGAAACUCUAAUCCAGGACCUACUUCCAGAGAUGCAGAAGUGGUGGCCGGAUCUUAAAAUUCCAGAAUCCUCUAGAUUCUGGAAAUAUGAAUGGCAAAAACAUGGAACAUGUGCUGCAAAAGCAGAGUCCCUAAACAGUCAACACAAAUACUUUGGCAAAGCCCUGGAGCUGUAUCACAAGUUAGACCUUGAUGGGGUGAUGAAGAAACGUAACAUUGUGCCCUCUGAGACUUACUACACGUUUGACCUCAUUGAAGGAAACAUUCUCAACUUCUACAACGUGAAACCAAAGAUUCAGUGUAUUCAUCCAAAGGAAGGGAAGGUGCAAAUCUUGGGGCAGAUCGAGAUCUGCUUCAACUCCGACUUUCAACUGGACGACUGUGAGCAUUCUGAGACAGACACAGUGAACCUCAAUGUUAAGGGUGCAGGGUUUAGUGUGUGUGACCAUGCCACACCGGUCUACUACCCUCCCCUGAAGGGGAAACUGUCAGUGUAGUGGCUAGUGGGUAUUGUCACGCAUCCCUUUAUAAUCAGUGUCAUAUCUCACAUGGAACAUAGAUACAGGAAGGUUCCACUUGGUGUGAGUUCGCACAUAAAUCUAUCUGAAAUCUAUCUGAAAAACCCUAACAGUUUUUAAUUGAAUGUGUCUACUGCUAUUUGGAACUGUUUUCUGGCAUUCAAACUUAAAAUUUUACUGCUUGAUUCUUGGAAACAGGGUGGUCAUGUUGUAACUCAAGGAACAAAUCAGCUUUUUUUGUUUAUAUAAAUAUAUAUAUAUAUAAUACUUUGCAAAUCAUAAUAAAAUGUAUGUAAAUAAGAAGUUCCCCACAGAGCAUCUUAAUGUGGCAGAGAAAGAGGGGAAUAUAUGACACCAGGUAUCGUAGCCUAGUGGCUGAUGCUACAUGUAGUAUGCAGUGCAUUAUAUCCUGUAGAGGGGGGGGGGGGGCGUCCAUGUUUCAGCCUGUCGAUGUAUAAUGUGAGUUUGUGGAAUGUAACACUAAUGCCACCUGUAAUAUAGGAUGACAUUUGCUUUCAAGGGAUUUGUGAGUCAUUUUAAAUUGGCCUUAGUUUGUUUAAAGUAUGGUCCUACAUUUUGUUAAACAUAACAUUUAAAGUUUGAUGCACAGUUUAUGAAGAGGUCUGAUGACUGCAUUCAUUAAUUUUGUCUUUCAAUAUGUUUUUCAUUUUAUUUUGUUGUAAACUGUGUUGAGUAAUUAUGGUAAGAAUGUGUGCGGUGGUGGUUAAAAUGCAUAAGUUAUGGAGAUGGCAUUACUAAAGUCGAGAUUUUCUGCGCACAGUUUAACAAGGCUAUAAUGAUCAUGAUUUAACCAGAUACAGGUAUUAUAUCUAACAAUGUCAUUUCUGCUGUUUAGUUAGUUUGAUUUCAUUGAAUUGUGGGAUAAGCUUUGGUUUUUAAAUGGUGGCCUUAUUUUGGUAGGUUCCAAUCCUCUGUAAUGUUUAUGUACAAUUCAUUAAAGUAAUUUUUCUAUUGCA